AUGUGCUUAGACUAUUUUUAUAACGUAAUAUAUUCAAUAUUUGAUGAAUGUGUACCCCGAAAAAAACCGAGCAGGGUCCGCUCUGAAUAUUCGUAUCCAGAGUGGUUUAACGCAGAUAUUAUUCAUAAAAUAAAACGGAAGGCAUUACUGCAUAAGCAGUACAAAAAGAGCAAGUCUGUAAAAGCAUACAAAGAGUUUAGUGAUUGUAGGGCGGAAGUAAAAAAAGCAAUUAGCUUAGCACUGAAUUCUUACCGCGAUCGUCUACAGGCUAAUUUGAUCGAUGAUCCUAAAUCAUUCUGGAAGUUCGUAAAUAGUAGCAGGAAAGAUCGCAAGUCUAUAGGUCUCCGAAAAAACGGAGAAGAAUUAACAGCAGAGCAAAGCGUAAAUGAAUUUGCGUCCUUUUUUGAAUCCGUGUAUAGCCCUAAAAAACCUAAACUCAGUCUUCAAGAUGCAAUUACAGGUGCUGGUGUUGGAAAUGAAGCGGCCAGAAUAGAGAUACCUCAGCUGAAGUUAAAUAAAGAUAAAAUAAAGACGUGGAGCGAAAAUAACAAGCUGCAAAUUAAUUUAUCUAAGUCAUACGUCAUAACAUUUACCAAAGCAAAAGCCCCAAUUCGGUACGAAUACAAAUUGGCAGGCGCACCUUUAGAAAGAGUGCAAUCUGUGCGUGAUCUUGGAGUUACAGUAGACGCAAGGUACACUUUAGAGACCACAUAG